AUGGAGAAAUUGAGGGAUGAGUAUGGAAACCCGGUUCGUCAAACCGACGAAUACGGUAACCCGGUUCAGAAUCAGUACUCUGCAGGAACCAUGGGUGCAUAUGAUAUAGGAACGGGCAAGUAUGGUGGUUCGGAUACUGGUGUUCCUGGUUAUGAUGGUGUCGGAACCGGAACCGGAACUGGAACCUACGACACGGGGGUUGGCACGGGUACUAGAACCUACGAUACGGGAGUUGGCACAGGCACCAGAACCUACGACACUGGGACUGGUACCGGCAUUGGAACCGGCCACCACGGUGGCAGCUACGACACAGGGAUCGGUGGCACAGGUAUUGGAACCGGUCACCACGGUGGAAGCCACGACACAGGUGUUGGUAUGGGUGGAGGCCAUGUACAACAUCAGAAGCCUCAUGAAGGUGGUGGUCUAACUGGUAUGCUCCACCGCUCUGGGAGCUCCAGCUCUAGCUCGUCAGAGGAUGACGGGCUAGGGGGUAGAAGGAAGAAGAAGGGACUGAGGGAGAAGAUUAAGGAGAAACUACCUGGUGGUGGCCAUAAGAAAACCGAAUAUGGAGCUACGACAACUCCAGGGUACGAUCCACAAGGCCGUCACAGUGGCUAUGAACAGACUGAGAAGAAAGGAAUUAUGGACAAGAUUAAAGAAAAGCUACCUGGUAGCCAUUAAGAAUAAUGAGAAGAAAGGAAUUAUGGACAAGAUUAAAGAAAAGCUACCUGGUAGCCAUUAAGAAUAAUACUCCUUGCUAUGUAUAUCUUUGUACUGCAUCAGCAAUUCAGCAUUCAGCUACCCCUGUUUUCCUUGAUUUAAUGCAUCAGCAACCCUAUUUUCCUUGAUUUAAUGCAUCAGCACCUCUGUUUUCUUUA